AUGGAGCUCAAGACUUUAGUUUUCAAGGAGCUGAUGAGAGGCGCAACUGAGAAGAUCAACUUGGGCGACGAGCCGGCCGGGCCAUUUCUGUCACUUAGCCUCGGACCGGCGAACGCGAUCGGCGCAAGUCUCCUCAAGAGAGGAAGGGAGGCGAUCAAUGCAUCGCAGGCUCGACCGCACGCCAGCAACGCCGACGACGACGGGAUCGGUUUGGCCCUCGGGUUGCGCUGCGACAGCGACGGCGGCGGCGAGCCGGUCCGCGCCGUCGGCUCUACUGGCACCAAGCGGCAGAGGGUGGUAAUAGUAAGCGACGACGACAGAGGCGUCGGCGAGAGAGGAAGCAAGAAGCAGGCGCUGCUGCCAGCGGCGCCGCAGCCGCAGCAGAGGCCGGACCGCGUCACCUUCAGGGCGCGGUGCAGCGCGGCCACGGUGAACGACGGGUGCCAGUGGCGGAAGUACGGCCAGAAGGUGGCCAAGGGCAACCCGUGCCCGCGCGCCUACUACCGCUGCACGGGCGCGCCCGACUGCCCCGUCAGGAAGAAGGUCCAGCGCUGCGCGCGCGACACGGCCGUGCUCAUCACCACCUACGACGGCGUCCACAACCACCCGCUCUCGCCCUACGCCGCCGCCAUGGCGUCCGCCGUGCUCGCCUCGUCGUCUUCAUCGUCACGGGACGCGGCGGCAGGCACUGCUGCUACCGCCGCCGCUCGCCGCGCCAGCUGCAACGACGCGCCACGGCUGGCCUUCCCCAUCUCCGUGCUGCCACCGGCGCCGCAACGCUAUUCGUCCAGCCGCGACGUGGCCAUAGCCGGUCCGCCGCUGACUGCUGCGUCGAGUCAUGGCAACGUCGUCCCGAUGGCUAACAUCAUGGAGAAGGCGGUGGCGGACCCCAAUUUCCGCGCGGCGGUGAUGGCCGCCGUCGCCAGCUACGUCGGCGAGCAGUGCGGGAGAAGAAAUAUCGACGACAUCUUCACCUUGCCACCUCCCUGCUAA